AUGAAAGACGUCGUUUUGAUUACCGGGCCAGCUGGCUUCAUCGGCUUCAAAACAGUCCUGACUGCAUUGGAAGCCGGAUACAACGUGCGGGCAGUCAUACGCAAGCCUGAGCAAGCUGAGAAAUUGAAAAGCCACGUCAAGAUUGCUCCACAUGCGGAGAGGCUCGAGUUCGCCGUCAUCAAAGACUUGACGGCACCCGGAGUCUUUGACGCUGUUCUUUCUGAUGUGGCCUACGUUUUGCACAUUGCAAGCCCGUUACCGAUCGAGACCGACGACUUCGAACGCGACAUCAUCAACCCGGCCAUUGAUAUGAGCACGUCUCUCCUCUAUUCCGCGACGAAGGUCCCCACCAUCAAGAGAAUCAUCAUCACGUCCUCCAUGGUAUCCAUGAUCCCCUUCGAAAAGCUCACUACACCCGAUGAACGGCUCUACACAGCCAGAGACAUCAACGCGAAUCCGAGUCGCUCGGUAGCACACGGAUUGGAAGCAUAUUGGAACUCGAAAGCGUUUUCUCGCAUCGCAAUCAGCGAAUUCUUAGAAAAGUACAAACCCCAUUUCGACGUCCUACAGCUCAUGCCCGGCGCCGUUGUUGGAGUCGAUGACCGCGCUCAGAGCAUAGAAGAUCUAGUUAAGAGCUAUCCCGAUUGGUCGUUGAGGAUGUCUCCUGUGCUCGGCACAAAGCAGACGUUUCCCCUCAGUGACGUCCCCGUCGACGUUGCCGACGUAGCAAGAGCGCACGUAGAUGCUAUCAACCCUUCUGUUCCUGGAAACACCGAUUACAUUCUCUGCACGGGGUCGCCAGAUGGUUUGAAGUGGGACGACUCCAUUGAAGUUGCGAAGAGACAUUAUCCCGACCGGGUGGGGAGCAAAGAGUUGCCGUUGGGAGGAACGCUGCCGACAUCGAGGUGGGCUGCUGACUAUCAAGAAACGGAGAGAGCAUUUGGCUGGAAGUUUACCACGUUCGAGGAUUCGAUGAAGGAUAUGAUCGGGCAGUAUCUCGAACUAAUUGAUGCAGAGGCAAAGGCUCCUGCAGCAUAGAUUUGUUUGGCAUUUGCUUGCAAGGGGGUAAUGGCCCAG